AUUAAUUUUCUUUUCAAGUCCCAGCCAUAUACUCCUCCAUUUCCUUUGUACCUUGUUCCGGAUACAAUAUCAAAAUUGCCUUCUUUCUGCUUUCUAUUAGAAAUAGGUUUUUAUCAGAAAAACAGGAAGAACAUUUGUAUGAAGCGAGUAGGAAUUUCAAAGCAAAAAGGAUCACUCAGUAUAAAAUGUGCAACUUUAAACAAAUAAAUAGAGAACGCAGCAAAACAAGCCAUGACCAUUAUGCAUUUUAAAAGCAGUUUUCUGUUCCUUGUAAUGGUUGCUCAGCUCAGAAGUACCGUGUCACACAUGUCACACGUGUGCUCUGUUAGUUUAAAUUUGGGGAUUUUUAGUCCAGUUGGAAACUUUUUUUCCCCUGAAUUAUUUUGGAACAAACCCAGUGAAGUCCCAUCACUUGUACUGGAACUGCUGCCCUGAGCAUUUCUUACUACAAUGAGACAGCUCUCAAAUCUUCCUACAAAACAAUGAGCAUUUACAUGUUUAAACUAGAAGCAGCACCCACCUGAUGAACUCUGGAAUAAAUUUUGGCUGAAAUAUAAAGAACACAGAUUAGAGAAAGGAGUCCGGAGGGUGGGGGGACAUAAGGGAAAAUGUAAUUAUAAUGGAUUAAAAAACAACUAUGUGUAAAAUACAGCUUACAUGGUGAGACAGGUCAGCAUCCAUAAUGACAAUGAAGUUCCCCGUGGCGUGCUUCAUUCCGUGAAUGUAGGCAGUGCCUGAUGAAAGCAGGACGGAAAGUUUCCCUCUGUAUUUUAACAUACGUGAUCUCCUAAACUCAGCUUUAUCUUCUGGUUUAAAAUCUUAAAGUUUCACCACAACAUGAUUAACCAAAUGCUCCUAAAAUGAUACGUUGACGGUCAGAUAUUAAAGCUGUUUCCCCCCUUUUAAUUCAGCACUAGUUUUUAUAGCCGUUACCCUUGUCACUGCACUAGAAAUGCAGAGAAACAAGCCCUGGUAGCAGGGCGCUACAGAACUGACGUGCCCAGAAGCAGCGCGGGCACUGCUCAUCUCUUUAUCUACUUACUACAAACCAGCAGAAACCAGCACUUACCAAGGCCCAACUUUUUUGGUCUGGGUCUUAGAAGCUGCAAGACAUAAAAAUAUACAUCAAUUGAAGAACAAUUUCAAUUACUUCUGUGACGCCUUAGAAUUCUAUAUCUUUAGUUAUAAAAAUACUUGAAAAACUCAUUUUCAUUUGUUAAAAAUCCACGUGGUACAUAAAAAUGAACUAAUCAGAGACAGAGAGACAGGAAGAGCAGAAAUAACAGCACAACUCACGAUGGUGUCGGCCCCGUACAAGCGCUGCAGCUGCUCGGCGACCUGCUGCGUCCCGUCCGGGCUGCCGUCAUCUAUGACGAUGAUCUCGAAAUCCGUCCCGCUGAAAGCACAGCCGGCCCGGGAGCGGAUAUCAGCGGAUAUCAACAGAUACCGGCGGAUAUCAGCGGAUAUCAACAGAUACCAGCGGAUACCAGCAGAUAUCAGCGGAUACCGGCGCUUCGUACAGCGCGAAACGCGACGCGAGCCGCUGUGCGGGCAGUUUGACGCGGUGCCCGUUACCGCGGCGCUCGGAUCUCCGUCCCGUCCCGCCCGUACCUACUGCGCAGGGUCCGCUCCAGCAGCCACACGACCAGCGGCAGGUUGUCGCGCUCGUUGUACGUGGGCAGCAGCACCGACACCUUGUCGCCGCGCCGGGCCGCCAUGUCAGCGCCGCUGCGACCGGGACCGGCGGCGGGGCCGGAAGUGUCCCGCCGGAGGCGGAAACCGGGUCCGCCCGCUGCUGUCAGACAUGGCGGAGGCGGCGCGGCUGAGGGAUGAGAUCGAGCGGCGGGAGCGGGAGCUGCGGGAACUGCGGGAACGGCUGGGAGCUGUUAUGGAGGGACACAGGGAUGGGACCGAGCGGCGGGAUGAUGGGACCGACCGGCGGGAUGAUGAUACUGCCCGGCGGGAUGAUGCUGAUGCUGCUGAUGCCGCCGACGCCGUGUUCCGUGCCGAGCUCCCCCCCGUGCCCGGCCGUUCGGCGCUGAGCCCCGCCGACAUCCAGCGCUACAGCCGGCAGCUGGUGCUGCCCGAGCUGGGCGUGCGGGGGCAGCUGCUGCUCGCCCGCUGCUCCGUGCUCGUUGUCGGCUGCGGCGGGCUGGGCUGCCCCCUGGCCCAGUACUUGGCCGCGGCCGGCGUGGGCCGCCUGGGGCUGGUGGAUCACGACGUGGUGGAGACGAGCAACCUGCACCGGCAGGUGCUGCACGGGGAGGCCCGCACGGGGGUCCCCAAGGCCGCGUCCGCCGCGGCGGCUUUGCGGCGGCUGAACUCCGGCGUGCACUACGUGCCGUACUGCGGGGCUCUGAGCUCCCGCAGCGCCCUGCGCCUGGUGCGGCAGUACGACGUGGUGGCGGACUGCUCCGACAACGUGCCCACCCGGUACCUGCUGAACGACGCCUGCGUCCUGGCCGGGAAGCCGCUGGUGUCGGGCAGCGCCCUGCGGCUGGAGGGGCAGCUGGUCGUGUACAACUACCAGGGCGGGCCGUGCUACCGCUGCCUGUUCCCCAAACCGCCCCCGCCGGACACGGUGACGAACUGCGCGGACGGCGGAGUGCUGGGCGUCGUGCCGGGCAUCGUGGGGUGCAUUCAGGCCUUGGAAGUGUUGAAGAUCGUUUCGGGGAUGGGUUCCACCUUCAAUCGGUUCAUGCUGAUGUUUGAUGCCCUGGAGGGCCGGUUUCGCAACAUCAAGUUAAGACCGAAGAAAUCAGACUGUGCCGUCUGUGGUGACAAUCCGUCUGUCACUGCCCUUCAGGAUUAUGAGGCGUUCUGUGGUUCUUCUGCCACAGACAAAUGUAGAACUUUACAUCUGUUGUCCAGUAAGGACAGGAUAUCUGUGGAGGAAUACAAACAACUGCUGGAUGAGCAAGUUCCUCACGUGCUGCUGGAUGUUCGCCCUCAGGCUGAAGUGGACAUCUGUCACCUGGAACAUGCUGUCCACAUCCCUCUGAGUAAAUUAGAAGAAAAAGACAAAGAAUAUCUGGAAUACUUAGAAAAAAGAAUUUGUGAAGAAAAGCAGAGAACUGAUGGCCAAGCGUCUUUUCCUGUGUAUGUUGUUUGCAAAUUAGGAAAUGACUCCCAGAAGGCUGUAAGAAUUCUGCAGGAGUUACCUGACAAAGAAUUUGGUCCUAUAUUAGCGAAGGAUAUUAAAGGGGGGCUCAUGACUUGGGCCAGUAGAAUUGACCCCACAUUUCCUCAGUACUAAAAAACCCAAUGUUAUAGAAAGGAUGAGUGUUAACAGUAAAUUCUCUAGAAUUUAAUUUUCUUUGUGCAGCACCUACAUCAUGUGAGUCAAAUGAGGUGUAAAUGCUCUUUUAAAUAGUGUAUUUUGACGUUAUAUGUAUUUUUAUAGAUGCUUGGUUAUUAUUUUUUUAAUGUAAAAAUAUGAAAUGAUUCAUGGAAAUUGAAAGAAAUAAAUUCAGUGGUUCUUAUUUAAAAGUGAA